AAGUCUGUUCAUAUUUCUGAUGUAGAUGUCCUUGGAAGAUUGGGCUUCUUUGGAUAAAGACCACUCAAUAUCUUUGCUUGGAGCUAUUGAAGCUUUGAAGGCUAGCACUCUUCGUCUUCCGGUUGUUGGAGGAGCAAUUGCUGACAUGCAAAGCUUGAAAGAUGCUAUAAGUUCCACAGUUGAUGUGAUGCAGACAAUGGCAUCCUCAAUAUGUUCACUUCUGCCAAAGGUCGAGGAAGCAGACUCAUUAGUGACUGAACUUGCAAAAGUCACUGCUAAAGAGCGCGCUUUACUUGAACAGUGCAUGGAUUUUAUAACCAUGAUAGCAGCAAUACAGGUUAAAGAAACUAGUCUGAGAACGCAUAUGUAUGCUACAACGUAACUGUGUAUCAUCAGCCUGACCAAGACCCUUAGAACUGAUCAUACUUGACCUUCGAAUCAAAAUGCUAACACUACUCCAAACCAUUUUGGCCUACUGGAGGUAGCAAUCAUGGAUGUAAGAAUCGACCUGAUAACUAGUCUCAUAUUUUCAUACGGUAUUUUUUAACACAUCAAUGCUUCAGUCGUCAGUAAUCCAGGUAUCCAAUGUUACAGGAAAUUUUAUUUCAUUCUCACCAAUUAGUUGUACACAGAGUGUCUUUCUUUUUCCUACUUUUUCUGCUUGUGAAGGAAAAUGAAAAACUGAUGUAAAUAAUGUAAUAUCCAAGUGACACUGUUAUUAACCA